CGCUGUCAGAGAUUCACAGCUGGACUCUGCUGAGUGUAAAGUACAGUGGAAGCUUUACCUUUACACAGCAGCAUACAAACCGAUUCAAAGCCCGUCCUACAGCUGCUUGAAAGAAACAUGGGACCCGCGGGACACCUCUGCUCGGUCCUGCUGGUUGUAUUUUUGCUGGGCCUUCGUCACUCCUCAGGUUUCUGGAUCGUCAACGUUGUCUUCCCGCCCAGCGCCAAACCCAGAGUAGGCCUACAAAGCAACAUCACUCCACCACUCAUUCUAGUGCCAGGAAACUUGGGGAACCGUCUGGAAGCUAAGAUAGACAAGCCCACACUUGUCCACUGGUUGUGCUACAAGAAAACUGAACACUGGUUCCCCCUGUGGAUUGACCUCAACAUGUUCAUGCCUAUCGGCGUAGACUGCUGGAUUGAUAACAUUAGACUUGUUUAUAACAGAACGACUCGGCGGUCAUCCAACUCACCUGGAGUGCAGGUGCGGGUGCCAGGAUUUGGGCAGACAUAUCCCGUUGAAUUUCUUGACUAUAACAAGCUGGCAGGUUAUUUUCACACUAUGCUGCAACAUUUGGUCCAGAUGGGCUACACCCGAAAUGAGACAGUCCGAGGAGCACCGUACGAUUGGAGAUUAGCUCCUAAUGAGAAUGCAGAGUACUUCACUCAGCUGCAGGACCUGGUUGAGGAGAUGUACAACCAGUACCAGCAGCCGGUUUACCUGCUGGGACACAGCAUGGGCUGCCACUACGUCCUCUACUUCCUCAACCACCAGCCUCAGGCCUGGAAGGACAAGUACAUCCGUGGCUUCAUUUCCCUGGGAGCUCCAUGGGGCGGUGCUGUUAAAGUACUUAGAGUCCUGGCGUCAGGUGAAAAUGACGGCAUCCCGAUGAUUUCCAACAUCAAGAUCCGCGAGGAGCAGAGGAUGACAACAACUAAUCCCUGGAUGCUGCCAUCUGUGGGAGCCUGGCCAAAGGACCACGUGUUCAUCUCCACGCCGAAAUUUAACUACACCAACCAGGACUACCAGCGCUUCUUCACAGACAUCAACUUUGAGGACGGCUGGCACAUGUGGGAGGACACCAAGAACCUCACGGGUGAUCUCCACCCACCCGGUGUUGAGGUGUGGUGCAUGUAUGGCGUGGGGCUUCCAACUCCAGUAACAUACAUUUAUGACGAGGACUUUCCUGACGUGGACCCAGUGGACUUUGUUUAUGCCGACGGGGAUGACACAGUGGACAGCUUUAGCAUGAGACUUUGCAAACGUUGGGUGGGACAGCAGGACAAACCCGUUCAUGUUACAGAGUACCGAGGGCUGGCCCACCUGAAUAUAGUGUUCCACGAAAAGGUGCUCAGCUUAAUCCAGCAUAUCCUGGAGGGCAGAUCGGAGACGCCCAGAGAGGUUGACGUCCGAUCUGGAACUGACUAGCAGACAACAGCAUGUAAGAGUUAAAAAAAACAAAAACACAUGGAGUGCUGGAUUUUUACAUAACAUACAAGUUUGUCCAGCUGUUUGUUCAGCAAAAAAAACACAUCCCACAUAGCUCCAACAUUUAUUAACAACCCCUCUUAGCUCAAGUAAGUGCAACAGUUCCAAAACAAUAUGAACUUGCAAGUAAUAUAACCCUGACCCCCCUCCACCCAACCAUGACACCCUUAUCUAAACUGAAGGAGAAUAACUUGCAGUAUGGCUUUGACUCUGAUCUGUUUAUUUCUAUUUCCAAGCUGUGUAUUUUGUUGUAUCCCCAUUGGAUGUGAUGGUGAUCAUGAUGAGACUUACAGUGGGUAAUCAUGGUAUACAUAAUUAUCACCAUAAUGACAAACAUAAGAGUGAUUUCUUUUUGUGAUGGUUCAUAAUGUAGAUUCACCAGGUUUUCGUCAGGCAUAGACAGGUCUUGUAACAUAUAUCUUUACAAAAGUACACAAUUGUGCUUUGUUUACUUUUGAUGUAUGAUGAAAUAAUCAUCACAUCAUUUUUUUGUGCGCGCACACACACACACACACACACACACACACA